UCUGAGACUCCUCUACCUGUGCCAUGCUCUCACCUGGUCUGGUAAACUCUUUGACUCUUAAAAGCUACCCUUUAAAAGGCUGCUGAUGUGUAUUCAUCCAUUGUGUUUGAGGAGAAACUGAGAACAAAGUGAUAAAAGUAAAAACAUAAAUUAAGAGAAAAAACAACGCCUGAAAGGCAUGCUCUAUACACUAAGAAUAAUCCCCUCGUACAGUGAUCCUGGCCUAGAUUAUCCAGAGUCGCCUUUGCUGUGAUGAUAGUUGAUGAGAUAUGUCUAAUGUCAAAUCAUCAUUAAUCUAAUGGCAUUUUGCAUUUAGGCUGACACAAACCAAAUCGCUUUGGACUGGUGUUAAACAAAGCGUGAGAGGUCUAUUCAAAAGGGGGGUUGUUUCUCCUCCUGUACAUGACAGCGCACUCUCAGUGGAUACCCUCCGAGCUCAGUCUCAGUAGCCCAUCAAAAACAUCACUUUCCUCAACAGCCAAAACGAUAGGAUAACAGACUUUUUGAAGAUGGCGUGUGAUGAUCUUCGAAAUGAAUGCAUGAUUUCACAUGAAGCUUAUUAAUCGACAAUGAAACCCAUUCUUCCCACAGCUGAUCCCCUCCCAUUUAAAUCCCACCCAUGUCCGCUCUUUUGUCUGCAGACGCCAGCCGGCGAGCAGCAUGCAUUCAAACUACAGCUGCAUAUUGAGUAUUAUCUUACCUUUGAUAGGUUCAGCGAAAACCAAAUUGAUACAGCCCCGCGUGUGAGGAAAAAUCACCAGAUUUAGCUGACAUAUUGCGGGAGCCCACGCACCACAGCGCGGUGUUUGCCGAUACAGAUGCGCUACGUAGAGGAUUUCAAGAAUAGCACAAAACCCGCCCCUCCAACCCCUGUCACACCAAUCCUGCGCAGAUCCGGAGACAUAUCCCUCCUCUUCACUGAUGCCAUGAGGAUAUAUGUGAGGGGAAAUAAAACACAAAUGUCUACAAAACAUAUUUUCUGAAGCAGAGGUUAAAUUGUGAUAGAAAAUAAAUAAUAUUAAUAUAAAAUAUUGAUAUCAAUAAAAAUUUAAUAUAAAUAAAAAAGUUUAAUUAGAUAAUAAAUCGUAAAACUACAUUUUCAAUGUUAAACAGCAGGUGCACAUUUCAGAAGAAUACGUUGGGCUGAAACCUUAUAGAUUUAUAAAGUUUUUCCAAUAAUACUGUUAUUCAUCCAAAUGAUUAGUUCUUUAAAUGGGGUAUAUGCAAAAAAUAAUGUUUAUUAGAGUGAUAGGAUACAACCAUAGACUGUGUAUACUAUACUAUUGUUAUGCUACUAUUAUUAUACUAGCAUAUACUAUACUAUUUUAUAUAUUGUCUAUGGAUAACAGCCAAAAAUAACACUGGAAAAAUAAAUAAGCCAACAGUAUUGUGAAAUUCAUACUGAAUUGCUUGUUUUAUUGUUAUCUUUUAAAGAGACGGAAAUUACUUGAAGAAGCCUUAUGGUUUGAACCAAUCUGAACCAGUUUAUAGUCAAACCUAGACCUACACAAACAGUAGGCUAAAAUUCAAUAAUUGUUAUUACUAUUUUUAUAUUUCACAAAUUAAGUUAUAAAAUUAACCCUAAACUUACAGCCCGGUUUACAACGUUGAUAGUGCAUGCAGUAAUUUUAAAUAAACUUAAGUACGUUAGGUGUGUCAGGUUAAGGUGGACAUGUCUCCCUAACGACCGUUGAUGGGCAGUCAGUCGCACGAGCCCCCGACCGUUGAUGUAGGAACAGCUAACAUUACAAAAUGGACGACCAAUACUCAUUCGACAACAUCGACAGUCAGCUUUGUCAAUUAGGUUUGUUCAAAUUUUCUUGUCUUUAGUUUAAUGUUUCUUACUUAUAGUUUAACUUUUGGUUGUACAUAUUUGCUUUAUCUGCUGUUGAGGUUUAGCUAGCUAAAGUAAACUACCUAACAACCCUCAACAAAGCUAGUUUUUGUAUGAAAAGAGCUUACAACAUUUGGUCAAUUAGCUUAUAAUGAAGAGAACACUCAAUUUAAUGUAAAACAACUCAAUAGUUUUUUUAUUUUACAGCACUUCAAACCCGAGAGCUUUCCCAAAAGAAAAAUGAAAUCAACCAACAAAUCAAAGGUAGCCUAUAGAGCUUUGUAUUGUACUUUACACGUAUUGUCUUGAAAUUGUGCCCAUACAUUUUUCACAUCCUUUCUAACAGUUUGUAGAGAUGAAAUUGCUGAGAAGAAGGCUUACAUGGAAACCCUCAAGAAAAAUAUCCAGAAACUCGAAGGAGAAAUCACAGAGAAGCAAAGCACUUGGACUCACAACAAAGCAUGUGCUAAAAGGUACAUUUAUAUGGUCAAACCCUGAUGGAUUGAUUUUUAUACAAAAUCAAAUGUUGCACAUUAAUCUGAUGGUGUUUUUAUUUCUCACCUUUAUCUUUGUAAAUAUAGCAUAAAGGCCACAAACAGUAUACUUCUUCAGUAUGAGCGGGAACUAAAAGAAGAACUGGAGAACAGAAAAGCGCAGUACAACCAUGAUCUGUAGGUACACCAAGCUGAGGUGUUAAAUCGUGUUUAACCUUUUCUUACUUUUUUUAUCUUGUGAGAAUUGUUAAGCAGUUUUGUCUGUUUGUGACCUUUCAAGGAUGGCUAAUGAAGAGAGAAUUGCAAGCUAUAAGAAGACAUUUCAGUGGCAUAAAGACUUUUAUACCAGAAGUCCUCUCGCACAAAAGCUCAUCGCACUGCAGGCUGAAAAUGAGAAUAUGAAGUCCAGGAUCAAGGCUUGGGAUGAUCAAAUAACAACAAAGCAGAAUGAGCUGGAUAUUCUAAAUGGUAAUAAACAUAACAUACAUAUUAUCACUAUACCAAUUGCUGUGGUAGUGCUGUAAAAUUUCCUUUUUUUCUCAUGCGAUUUUUGCUUUAACAGGUCCAGCAGCCAAUUCUGUUCCUGCUGAGAAACUAUCAGACAGGUAUUUUUCAGUGAGUCUUUGUGAUGUCCGCAAAUUGUAAUACAUUGCAGAGUUCAGUUUUUCUCUGAUAAGUCCAUUUCUGUUCCUAGUAUUUCUGUACAACAACCCCCAGCAAAACCAGAGGACCAACUUGCUCCUCAGACAGAGGACAGUGAUUCUUUCAUUGACAUCCUCUCUCUUCAUCUCAACCAGACAACAGUACUCUGAUACAUUAGUCAAUAAGUAGAGUUGGUCCUGAUAUAACCACAAACCACUGUUGCUAAACGUGUCACUUGUUUUGUAGGAUGACUAUCAUAUGUCUGAGGAUGCAAAUGCUGAGGAAAUUUCUGAGGAAAACAAGGUCCAGAAUACCUCUAUCCCCAGCCAUGACCCAGAGGAAGAGGAAACUGAUGGGAUAGUGUCACAGCAUCUGUUGUGUGGUAGGAAAGGAGACUGGAAUGUAUUUUAUUCAGUGCCAGCACUUCAUACUCCAAGAUGCAGGAUUUUAUUUAUGUAUCAUCUAAUGUCUAUAGCAAAGUCAAUGUUUUCCCAGAGCAAAGAGGGCCAGAUGUGGUGCAAGGUGAAGAGGAGAACCAGGAAGUUAGACUAGACGACCAGAUCUUGGUAAUGUUUCAGUUAGAUUUAAAUUGUUUUAUAUUAAACACCCAAAGAAAAAAGUAAAAUCCAGGGUGAUGCUUUUGAAGUUCAACUCAUACUGGAGACUGAAAAUUAAUUGGUAGAACAUCUGCUGAAUUAUGCUCUUACUUUGUCUUUUAAGUUAUUCCUCAUAAAUCCCUCACUGUUAUUAAACUGAAAUGAUACUCAGGCUGUAUAUGUAUUCUCAAUGGCUCUGCAAGCUCUGUAAAAAGGUUCGAUUAUGAAAAACUAAAAAGCAGCAGCUCCUACCAUAAUCUCAGGCAACCUAAUUUAAACCACCAAUUAGUAAAGUCACUGCUCUGAACUUUUUUCCUCAAGUGAAGUAGCAAAUACCUUUUUGGCUGUAAUUUGUGUUUAAUAUUUUGUUUACUUAAAGCGUUGAUUGAUUGGGAUAGGAACACACUGUAGUUGUAUAAUGGUCUGUUUAAGUUAUGCAGUCUCAAAGUUUUCCCCUCUUGGGAAUAUUUUAGCACUUUGUUUAUUUGUAUUUCACUGAGCAGGGACAUCAGUCUUCUGCAUCAGACAAAGAGGAAGCACUGAUGGAGGCGGUGGAGGAAGUUGUUGUUGAAGAGGAAGAAUGGGCACCAGUUGAAGAGAGCAUUGAGAGAACCACUACUUUCCUUCAGUUCUCAUCUGAAGAAACUAAUCCUCAGUCUUCCUCAGCAACUGUAAAAACUGCACCAUCAACCCCAAAGUUUCCAUUUAAGUAAGGCUUUAUCUCAGUGGUUUAAAGCUUUAAUUCACUGUCAAGACAGCUUCUGAGAUCCAUGUUUCAUGUGUUCACUUCAGCUUUAGCCCUGCCAGCUCUCCCCAUCAUGGGACCUCUGAUACAAAAUCUCCAGCCUUCAUGUUCUCUCUGAACCCUGAUCCCAGCACCCCAGGCUCCUCUGGGUUUGGAUUUAAUAUGGGCUCAUCACAGGAUGAGGUGAGGAGCAGGCAGAAAGAAUAAGCAAUUUGACAGAAAUCACUUUUUUUUCUUGAUAUUUAAAUAAAUAUCUUCUAUUUUCCACAGGAGUCAUCUUUUGCUUUCACCAGCACUUUUUUCAGUGAGAAGGUACAGUGAUUUUACUGUUAGAGCUCUUUAUUUUGUUAACUUCUACUAGAGCUUAAAUACUAACCCGCGUGCAUCUUUUUACAGGAAACCCCAGAAUCAAAGUCCUCAAACUGUAAGUCUCCUUUAAAUGGUUCAUUUUUACUUGAUAGAUCAUCCACCUUGAACUGCAGGUAUGUACAUCUUAUUUUCAGGCUCAGGGUUCCCAUUUGGCCGAGCAGAGCAAAUUGGUGAUUUUCAGUUUGCUUUCGCCGCAAAGACUCCUCAGACAAACACGAAGAAUAACCCAGAAGAGGAUUUUCCUUUUUCAUUCAACUUUUGAGAACUACAAGCAAUUUUAAAUGUUGAAUACUUUUGUUGAUAAGACUAUUGUUUAAAUGUUGUUGUGUUUUUUUACUUUCAUUUGCAACAGUUGGUUAGUAUUCAACUUAAACUAUUAAAAAGUUAAAGCAAUCCUUUCCAUGCAGUUCUUUUAAAUUGUUGUUUUACUAUAUUGUGUUUUCAUUUGCCAGUCAAAUUUCUAUUUAAAGGCUUAUUACUAAAUGUGAAAUAGUAAACAUUACCACUGAAUAUCAUUUUAAUGUUGAAGCAGGAUUGAAAUAAUACAAAUACGUCGAUAUAUGUGGAGAUUUCCUUAUUUUUUACAUAGCAAUUAUUCAAGUGUUAUAAUCAACUGUUCCUUAAUAUAUUGUUCCUUGUGCUGUGAUUGAUAAAUGAAGCACUGUUUCAGUCUUACAUGUGUAUUACUGAA